AUGCUCGACAACUUGGCCAAGGACGAGCGGCCGCCAAUCCAGAAAUAUGUACUGCAGAUCCUCGGACAGUUGACGGAUAACAAAGAAGACUGUGCGCUGCUCGGCGCCGUCCUCGUCCUCUCCAUCCCUUUCACCGCUGAAGAGGCCCAGGCGUCUGUUUCGCUGGACGUAUUCGGCAAAUCCAAAGCACCCUUUCGCCAAAGAGUAGCU